UCGUAUGGAUAGCCCAGGGUUCUGUGAACAGUACUGCACAUACACAGCCAUGGACAAUGCUUCGAAGGAAAUAAUUUCCAUGGUGAACAUUGACAAGCGGGAGACUAACAGAAAUUCUGUUAUUAUGGAGAAGGAGGGUUUUGUCCGUACCCUGGAGACACUUGGAGAAGAGCUGAAUGUGACCGAAGUCUGCACAGAUGCACACAGCCAAAUAGCAGCACUUUUUAAUAAAGGGCUGUUCAAAGACAGUGGCAUCCACCAUUCUUGGGACAUCUGGCAUGGGUCAAAGAACCUCAACAAGAAGCUUGUUGCGGCAGGGCAGCAAAAGGGAUGUUCGGACUUGCUAGCAUGGAGCAGAGACAUUUGCAAUCAUUUCUGGCAUUGCUGCAAGACUGCAAAUUCCUAUUCGCAGUUUAUGGACAUGUGGUUGGGACUACUGCACCAUGUCAUCGGAGAGCAUGAGUGGUCCCUUGAUUCCUGUGACCAUGGCCCCUUGGGGGAGACCAGAGUUACCUGUGACCAUGGCCCUUUGGAGGACAGCAGAGACAAGGACUGGAUGGAGGCAGACGGUUUGGCACACCAGAGACUGAGAGAAAUUGUUCUCGACGCACGCUGGCUGAAGAACAUUGACAAAUAUCUUCACUUCAGGUCAACGGCAGACUUGGAGUCCUUCCACAACCACAUCCUCAUGUACGCGAGCAAACGCUACAGCUUUUCCCCUCCCGUCUAUGAAGCGCGGACGUUAUUUGCUGACCUGGACUACAACCAUCACCUCAACAGACCAGCUAAGAGAAAGGCGGACGGCUCAAUUCAGUACGGCAAGUUGUACAACAAAAGGUCCAGGACCUGGAGGCUGCAUACAGUGAAGGUUGAGAAGGACUAUAGCUACAUUACUGACCUACAGAGAACCAUUCUGCGUCGAAGACUGGCUGCCGCAAGAGGGAUGGCUGACACCAAACCCUCAAGACCUGAUGAUCCAAGAAGACUUGGCCCUCUCUGUGGUGUCCCUGCCCCAACUACCCAGGAGCUGCUACAGAAGCAAGUCAGCCGAGGGCUUGCACAAACUCCUCCGCCAACAGGCUCUUGAGUUGUUCAAGUACCCUUUUCUGUGUGAUGGUUAUUACUGUAAAUAUGUAUAUAUUUUAAUUUGUAAUAUAUUGUUUCAAUUGUCCAU